AUGUCUCCAGGUCCAAAGAGUGGACCCGAGAGGAAAGAAGGGAUAAGCGCUGGCCUAUUCAAUGUCUGUCGACUGCGAAAAGGUCGUCUCAAAACGAGACGAAAGACAAGCGCCACGGGUCUCAAAUCAAUGUUUGGUGGGGUACAUAACGACUCGAAGUUCUCCAAGGAGGCUAUCAUAGCCAAUGAUACACACGAUGCAGCAGGGGAAAACUGUGUUGGGAAUCACACCCACGACGCAUCGUCAAUGCUUGCGUACAUGCCAUACCCUCGUGACAAGACCUGGUCAGGAACCGGCCAUUCGACGCUCCUAGAUGUACAAAAUUCAGGCAGUUUCAUGAUCACGAAUUAUGGUGCCCGUUUCUUUCGAACGGGAGGCGUAAAGCCGGACUAUCACUUGCAAGAGCGAAGGACGCACCCAAUCAUCGUGCCCCACAUGCCAGAAAGCUCCGAUUCGGUCUCUACAAACACAGCAUCGUAUCGCGCAUACACGUUACGCCAAUUGGGAUUGGAGCGAAUACAUCCACGAACGGUUCUUAUCGCUGGAGCGAGUCAGGGCAUAGGGUGUGUCCGGCUUGGUCCUAGGGGCGUGGAAUGUGCAGAAGCAGGAGGAAACAAAAGUGGAAACUCUGAAGAUCAACAGCAAGGCCAGGUCCUGGUGGUCGAUAUCCUCGCCAACAAUGCUGGGAUCGGCUGGUGGCACGACAUGGUAGUCAACGUCAAAAAGGAGACCCCUCGUGACCUCACUGUUUACGCUCGUCAUCACAUCGUGUCUGACUCUGAGCUAAACAAUACAGUCGUCAUCACAUCGUGUCUGACUCUGAGUUCCGAUGAAGAGGCCUACCGUCGACCUUUGCACCACCCCGGUAUGACCGCAACUUCACGGCAAUUCAGCGAUACGUCAGCUGGGCAGGAUGCACUGGCGUUGUGGGGAGUACCAUUGCCUCCACAGUAUCUUCCUCGUACUUCACAUCCAUCAUCCCCAACAUCUUCUAUUCACUCGAUAUAUACCCAAUACGACCCUAAUUGGUGUACCGUCGUUCCCUCAUAG